AUGCCACCCACCACCGUUGAGCUGGGCGGACUUCAGACAGAGAACAGAAACCCGAGAACCACGGCCAUUGACAAGGUAUCCACGGAAGAGCUCUGCCGCAUCCUGCAUCAGGAGGAUUGCCGUGUCCCUGCGGCCAUCACACCAUGCCUCCCAGAUAUCGCUGGAGCGAUUGAUGCGCUGGCCGAAAAAGUCGGUAGAGGCGGUCGCGUGUUUUACAUUGGUGCCGGCACUAGCGGAAGGUUGGGUGUGUUGGACGCUUCUGAGAUCCCGCCAACAUAUUCCGCCCCCUCAAAUCAAUUUAUUGCCCUGAUUGCAGGCGGCGACUAUGCGCUACGCAACGCCAAGGAAGGCGCGGAGGAUGACCGAUCCGCUGCCAAGACUGAUCUUGACGCUUUUAAUAUUAAGGCAGGCCUAGAUUGUUUAAUUGGCAUUGCAUCUUCUGGGCGAACCCCCUACGUCUUGGGAGGUUUGGAAUAUGCCAGGUCCAUUGGCUGCACCACUGUAGGUGUUGUCUGUGUGCAGCCGUCUGCCAUUGCGACAGAGGGCAAUGCAGACUUUCUUGUCAGUGCUGUCACCGGCCCCGAGUCGGUGACGGGCAGCACGAGAAUGAAAGCCGGCACUGCUACAAAACUGGCCUUGAACAUGAUUAGUACAGGCAUCAUGAUUAAGUUGGGUAAAACUUAUGGAAAUCUGAUGGUGGAUCUCAAAGCCACGAAUAUUAAGCUGCAGCAACGUGCCCGAAACAUUCUGAGAGCUAUUGGCGGCCAGCGUUGUCAUCAUUCCGAUGAAGAUCUGGAUGGUAUUCUCGCAGCUGCUCGUGGCAGCACCAAAGUCGCCGCCGUAGUCAUCGUCUUGGAAGUGGACGUAGCGGAAGCCGAGCUGCGCCUGGAACGGAACAAUGGCGUUCUUGCCCAAGUAUUUGCAGAGGCUGAAACCGAGUCAAGCACGGGGAACAAUGACGACAGCGGUAUCGUUCUCUGUGUUGAUGCGGGGGGAACAAGCUGCAAGGCUACGGUUCUGUCCAAAGAUGGGGCUGUCGGGACAGGCAUUGGAGGGCCAUGUAACAUAACAAGCAAUGGUCUAGAUGCCUGUCUAUCAACCAUUUUUAAAGCCAUUCAGCAGGCGACAGAUUCAUGUCCGGCAACAAAAGGACGCCGCUUCUCGUCAAUUGCGUUCGCCGCAGCUUGGGUCGGUAUCGCUGGCUAUGAUCGACCUGCACUGCAGCCUUUGAUCGACUCUGGACUGUCUAAGCUAUUAAAUCUCAAAGUCGGUGUCGGACUUGACGUAACCGCAGACAUAGAUCUCCUACCCGUCGCGUCAGCUUCGGAAGAGAAUGUGGAAUCGGCCAUUGUCCUGGUCGCAGGUACCGGUUCUGUGAGCAUGAGCUUUCGGAAAGAAAACGGUCGUUUCAUCCGUACAAGCCGUGCCGGUGGCUGGGGCUACUUGCUCGGCGACGACGGCUCUGGCUACGGAAUUGGUCGAGAGGCGUUGCGACUGGCGUUGCGUGCAAGUGACAUGAGCCGCAUGCGCAAGGCCGCGGGAGCGCCCUCUCAGCCCCUGCCACCGCUUGCAGAUGCGAUCCUCAACCACUUCAAGGAGCGGUUUCCCGAAGCAGAAGCAGACGACUUACUCAGCACCAUCAUGGUGCCCAGCUCUGCUCCGCAGCAGCCCGAGGAUGCCGUGAUGGACAGGACCAGCCGCAUUGCUGGGGUAGCCAAGACGGUCCUGGCCCUGGCCGGGGUAAACGAAGAUGCUGAACGUAUCAUUUCAGCGGGUGCUGACAGAUUGGCAGAGCUUGUUACUCUGCUGGCCUCCAGCCAAGGCAUUGAGCCGUCCAAGGCCAGCUUGGUGUUGGCAGGUGGUCUUAUGCAGGAUGAGGGAUACCGCAAGCGGGUGGUAGGCUCCGUCGAGAAGGCAGGUUACAAGUUUCAGCAUGUCCAGAUAGUGGACCGUCCAGCCAUGAACGGAGCGCAAUUUCUCUUGCAGUCGAUACAAAAGCUGCAAUAG